AUGGCCAAAAGAAGACACAAGAAGAGAACGCAUGUCAAAGUGCCUGAAGAAACAUUAUCCUCUAUCCCAAAAUCUAUGGUCAUUAGGGUAGGUAAUACUUCAAUGCACAGCCAUGCUUUAAGUCAAUUAGUCAAAGAUUUCAGAAAUGUUAUGCAACCACAUACCGCCAUUAAAUUAAAAGAACGUAAAUCAAACAGAUUGAAGGAUUUUAUUGUUAUGUGUGGUCCAUUAAAGGUUUCUCAUUUAUUCAUGUUUACUCAAUCUGAAAAGACUGGGAAUGUUCAUUUGAAAAUUGCCCGUGCUCCAACUGGUCCAACUGUAACUUACCAAGUUGUUAAAUAUAGCUUAGCUCGUGAUGUUAAAAAAUAUUUGAAAAGACCAAAAAGUUUAACUACAGAGGAUUUAUUGAACCCACCUCUACUUGUACUAAACGGAUUUUCCACUAAAAAUGGGGAGGUGGAAAAAGUUAUUAUUUCUAUGUUUCAAAAUAUGUUCCCAGCUUUAAAUCCAUCGGCAACGAAAUUAAAUUCUAUUAAAAGGGUUUUCAUGAUAAAUAAAGACCCUGCAACUGGACUGGUAGAAAUGAGGCAUUAUCAAAUAAGUGUCAAAGACAUGGACAUUAGUCGCAAUUUAAAAAAAUUGUAUAAAAGUGAACACAAUUUGCAUAAGGGUGUGCCGAAUUUAAGCCGUAAGCAUGAUAUUAGUAGUUUGAUUUUAGACCAUGAUAUUGGUGCCUAUACUAGUGAAAGUGAAGCUGAAAUUGAUGCUGAUGCCAUAGUGAGAAUCCAAGAAGAAAGAACAGUCCAUGCCUCGUCUUCUAAAAAAAUAAAAAAAAAAACUGCUGAUGAACCUUCACAGGAAAACAAAGAAGAAAGUGAAAAUCUGGCAAACCCUGUUGAGCUUCAAUCUAGAAAAAAAGCUAUCAAGCUAACUGAAUGCGGACCAAGACUAACCUUACGUUUGGUUAAGAUUGAAGAAGGUAUUUGUUCUGGUAAGAUUUUACAUCACGAAUUUGUAUCGAAAACCGAUGAUGAGAUUAGAGCUUUGGAAAAGAAGCAUGCUGCAAAGAUGAAAUUAAAAGAACAGAGAAGAAAGGAACAGGAAGAGCACAUUGCUCAAAAAAAGGCGGUCAAGGAGGCUAAAAAACAGCGCAAGUUGGAAAGAAGGCAACUGAGAAAAGAACAACAAGAAAAAGAUGAAAGCACCAAAAAUGCCGAAAAUAGUGGUAGUAAUAGUAGUAGUAGUGAGGAAGAUGGUGAAAGUGAGCACGGAUAUUCAGAUGUUCCUGAGGACUUAGAUAGUGAUUUGUUUAGUGAAGUCGAUGAAAGUUGA